AUGCUCCAAAUACUCCUCCCCCUUCUCACCCUGGCAACAGGCACCCUCUCCCUAACAAUAACCCCCCAAUCCACCGACGACACAACCCAACUCCCCCUCGUCAUCUGGCACGGCCUAGGCGACGACUUCGAACGCGACGGCCUAAACAGCAUCGCAACACUCGCAAAAACAAUCAACCCAAACACACACGUCCACAUAAUCCACCUAUCAGACACCGGCUCCGGCGACAGACAAGCCACAUUCUUCGGCAACGUCUCCGAACAACUAGACAGCGUCUGCACCCAACUAGCAUCCGAUGAAACCCUCCAAUCCGCACCAGCCAUAAACGCCAUAGGCUUCUCCCAAGGCGGCCAGUUCCUCCGCGGCUACAUCGAGCGCUGCAACAACCCCCCGGUGCAUAACCUAGUCACAUUCGGCAGCCAACACAACGGCAUAAGCGAGUUCCAACAAUGUGAUUUAGGAGACUGGUUCUGUAACGCUGCAGAAUCUGUUCUUCGAUCAGGGACCUGGGCAGAUUUUGUUCAGGGGCAUAUUGUUCCUGCGCAAUAUUUUCGAGAUAUGAAUGAGCUUGAACCUUAUCUGGAGCAUAGCAACUUUCUCGCAGAUAUUAAUAAUGAGCGGCGUGUUAAGAAUGGGGGUUAUAAGAGACGGUUGGAGAGUUUGAAUCUUUUUGUUAUGUAUAUGUUUGGGAAUGAUAGUGUUGCUGUGCCGAGGGAGACGGCGCAUUUUGCGGAUGUUAAUUCUACGGAUGGGACUGUUGUGGGGCUUAAGGAUAGGAGGAUUUACAAGGAGGAUUGGAUUGGGUUGAGGAGUUUGGAUGAGAGGGAUAGGUUGGAUUUUCGGACGGUGCCCGGGCAACAUAUGGAGAUUUCGAGGGAGGAGUUGGAGGGUGCGUUUAGGGAGUUUUUUGGUCCGACGCAGAAUGAUAGGAUUGUUGCUAAUGCUGCUGCGGCGGCUGCUGCUAGUAGUAGUGGGCUUGAGUGGGUUGAAGAGGAGGAAGUGAGGUCGCCGGGUUUGGUUGUGCAGCCAGGUUCAUUAUGA